AUACCCAUUUCCGGUUUUCCGAUUUAAAUUUACCGGUAAAGACACAGUGGAAAGCGUUCACUUUUACGAGCGCUUUUCCAGCUUCCGUUCUUCCGAAAGAGUUUUUACCUAAUUACGUUUAUGACAAGCAUUUUUUACCGAAGUUUUAAGAAUAUAAUUUUUAAGUUAUGGACGAAAAGCAGAGGACUGUUUAUCCUGAUAAAGCUACAGCGUUACUCUCUUGGCUAAAUAAUCUUUUGAAAGAAGAUAUAUCAGAUUUAGGACAAUUAGCAGAUGGAUUCAUUUUUGAUAGAAUAGCUUCCCUAAUUGAUAAUACUUAUAAGAAAAGAGACAAUGGUGAUAGUUUUGAGAGUAUACUACUCUUUUUAUCAGAGGAAUAUAAGAAACCGGUGGGGGAUUGGUUUAUAUUCAAACCACAUGAAGAUGACUAUGAAAUAGCAAAGAUUGCUUUACUGCUAUUAUGUUUGGGUUUAUCAAGUGCCAAUCAUCAAAUUUUUAUUGAGAGUAGUACAAAGUUGAACAAUGAACUUCAGUUGCAUGUUUGUCAAAUGGUAUCUUCAAUAUUGAAGGUAGAAGACUUUACAAAAGAAUUUAGCUAUGUUUUGAGUGAACCUUACAUUAAUCAUUAUAAUUCUGUAAACGACUCUCGACCAUUGUCAACUUCUACGCCAGUUCAUGAGGAUCAUCAAGGAUCUCCAGAGCGAAGCAGAACAUGUCCAGCGGCUGUGAGACAUUAUUCAGCUCUAAAUUCAAUGCCAAGUGUGACUCCUUGUCGAGAACCUUAUGUGUUUAUGAAUACGACACGAAACUACGGAACUCCUAGUACUCAUGUAUUUUCAAAUUCUAUAGCAGCAGCUUCACCUGUCAAUCAGUUAAUGAAAAGUCCACAUAUAGUCUCGAAAUUGGAAAUUAACGAAAGAGAACACGAGAUAAGACGUUUAAAAAGGCAAUUAACAGAAGCUCUCGACAGAGUAUAUGAUUUAGAAAUUGACUCGGAAAGAGAUUCAUCCAAUAUUAAACAAAAAGACAGCCGUAUAAAUAUCUUACAGAAUGAGCUUGAAACAUUAAAAACUCGCCAUUUUAUUUUGGAAGAACAAAUCGAAGAAUUUAAGAACGGUAAAGAAGAAUCGAUGCAAGCUUAUAUAACACGAGCGUUUGAGGCUGAGUCUAAGUGUAAAGAGCUAACCAGAAAUUCUAUCGGUUUGGCCAAGGAUAAUGACCAGCUUAGUGAAGAAAAUUCAAAACUCUUAAACCAGUUGGAAGAGCUAAAGAAAAAAGUAAGAAAAUUGGAAAUCGAGUUAAAAGAUUUUUCAGUCAAUGCUAUCAAUGUUUCAACACACAAGCGCGAAGUUAAUAACUAUGAAGAAAAGUUUCUAGAGGAAAAAAUGUCACUUUUGAAACAGUUAGAUAUUCAGCAAAAAGAAAUAGAAUAUCAAAAAGAACAAAUUGCCGAUUUACGAACAAAAAUGGAUUCAUCUGACUUUUUCUACUCUAGACAGAAAGAUGAAUCUGGUGAGAACUUGGGCGAAGUUAUUGUCGAAAGAAAUCUUAUGGAGAGAAUCGAUGAGUUGGAAGAAGAAAGAGACGAAUUAGCGGACAAAAUUACUGAAAAAGAAAGCGAAUACGAAAAGAUUAAACAAGUUUAUGAAGAAUGUUACGAAAAUUUUAAAGGUUCAGAGAAUAAUGUUAAAGAACUGCAAUUGGUCAACAAAUCUUUAAACGAUACCAUUAAAGAACUUGAAACAUUUAAAUCAAACGUUAGCGUCACUCUAGAUAGUCUUAAUGAAGAAAUCAACUGUGAGCGUAAAAAAUCGGAAAUGCUUAGUGAAGCAAUCGAGAGCAUGACAAUCGUUUUAGAGAGCAAUAAAUGUCAGAUAGAAGACAAAGAAAUAACAAUCCAGGAGCUUAAAGGAAAUCUCACAAAUUACGAUUCCCAAAUUGCUAAUUUGGGAAAACAGAAUUCUGAUUUGGCGAAAAAGGUUGAAGAUCUGACUAAAGAUCUUCAAUCGAAGGAAGCUAAAGCAGAGAAUCUACUUGUCGACUUGAAUCUGGUUCAAAAAGAUUUAAAGAAAUCUGUUGAAGAGAAUCGUGAACAAACGAUGAAGUAUAAGUCGGAUAUCGAAGGACUCCACAACGACAUAAAAAAUAAAUCAUUUUGGAUAUUAGAGCUUCAAGCAACUGUAGACGAUCACCAAAAGUCUUUAGAAGACGCUGAAAAACUUGUCGAGAAUUUACAAAUUGUAAAGAAAUCGGUAGAAGACAAACUUGAAAAAUCCACUGCCGAAAUUCAAGUUCUUGAAGGUCAAAAGCAAGACUUACAACAAGAACUUGAAAAUGUUGUUUUAAAGUCCACAACUGAAAUAGAUCAACUGAAAGGAAAGUUGAAUGAACAUAUAGCUCUAAUUAAUAGUAAUUCUGUAAAGUGGCAAGCGGAAGAGAAAUCUUUAAAAGAAAAGCUAGUUUUCGAAAAAGAUGAAUUCACCAAAAAACAAGUAUCUUUGGAAGAAACAAUUGAAAAAUUAAAUGUAACAGUAAGAAAUCUACUUGACGAAAAGGCAAAUCUAAAUAAUAAAAACAAAGAAUUUGUUAAAGAAAAUAAAGAUUUAUUGAUAAGAAUCGAGGGACUCUUAGAAGCUCAGCAGAUCCUUGAUAAGAACCUUAAAAACAUUGCGGAGGAGAGGGAUAAUCUUUACAAAAUUAAAACUGAUAUUUUAAAUAAGCUAGAGAUUACCAGAGAAGAAGGUUGCGUUCUCAAAAAAGAUUUGGAGAAUCAAGUAAAGCUUUACAGUGAUCGUUGUGAAAAUAUCAAUAAGGAAAACAAGGAAAUGAAAGACAAUUUCGAGAAAGAAAUAAAAGAAAGGGACAGCCAGCUGUGUGAUAAAGUGAGCGUUAUAGAGAGUAUACAAGAAGAAUUGGCACAACUUAAAGAACAGCAUAACGCAGCUACAAACGAAUUGACAAGAAAAGAGAAAAUUAUAAAAGAUAAUGUCGAUAUUCUAAAAGAAAAAGAUUCAAACUUAACGGAAAUAGAGACUGUUAUCAGUGAUUUAAAUUACGUCAUUGAAAGCAAAAGCGACGAGUUGAGAAAAAAGGAGACUUUAGUCGAAACACUACGUCAGGAGAUAAUGAAUAUUAGUGAAAAGUAUGAGAUGGAGAGUGCAGCUAAUGAACAGUCGCUGCGAGCGCUACAAGACAAACAGACAAGUACUCUUGAAGAUUUGCAUUGUCUACAUAAUGAUGUUGCUGAGAAAGAGAAGAUUAUUGAAAGUCUUGAAAUUCAAUCUAAGAAGAAAGACGAAAAAAUCAACACCAUGAACGAAACCAUUGAAAACCAGAAAAAAGAGCAUAUCGCUUCAGUUGAUGAUAUGGAGGAAGAAAUGGCUCAAAUGGUUGAACAAUUACGAGAGAAGACUGCUGUUUUUGCUCAAACUGAAGCUCUCUUGACAUCUACCCAAGAAGAAAAUAACCAACAGAUAAGCCGCUUAGAAUACUUGGGUAAACAAAUAACAGAAUUACAUUUAUCAGCCAAUGAAAAGGAUGAGGAAAUUGAAAAACUAAAGGCCGAGAUAGACACAAAUGAUAAGGAAUUUAAUAAGUUGAUAAAAGACGCCACUGAUAAGGAUGAAAAAAUCGACUCCCUUAAUGGUCAAAUACACUCCUUUUUGUCUACUUUGCAACAGAAGGAUGAUACAAUUGCCCAUCUACAAUUUUCACUAAAUGAGCUUAACAAUCUUAAAGUUGAUAUAGAAGAAAAGCGUUCUAAAAUUAAUUCUCAACUUGAACAAUUAUACGUACAAAUCAAAGAAAAAGAUAACGAAAUAGCUGAGAUCUUGAAAGCUAAGGAUAAAGAAAUCGACGAGAUCUCGAAAGCUAGGGAUAGCACAGUAGAUAACAUUACGAAAGCUAAAGAUACAGAAAUUGAAGCGUUAGAAAAGAUAGAGACGAAUUUAAAACAACAAAAAGAAGAAUUGGAAAAAAUUCUUAUUGAAAAGCAAACUAAUAUCGAUGAAUUAAGAAGUCAAGUUGAAGUGCAUCGUAAAACCAGCGAGGAGAGAAUGGAACAAUUAGAUCAAUCUCAAAGCCAAUGUGUGUCACUUAAAAAUGAAGUGAAGGAAUUGAAGACUGAAGCGGAAAUGAAAAGAGAAGAACAUCAUCGUCAAAUUUCCGAUUUAGUUAAUAAGUUAGAUAUUAUUGAAAAAGAAAAAGAGGAAAUGGUUAAAGUACUUGACGAAACAAAACAGAAGAUGAAGAAUCUUGUUGUAGAAUUGGAGAGCAGCGAUAAGGUUGUCACCAAAUAUAAAGAUAUAGCCAAUACAUAUAAGACGGAGAGUGAGCAUGUUCGAAAGGAAAAAAUUGAACUUCACGUAAAAAUUGAAAAAUUGAAAGAAACAAAUUCAGAAUUAACUGACUCUAAUAAACGGCUUGAAAAUGACAAGAAAGAAACAGAUGAGAAAAACGAACUUUAUAAGGAGGAAAUUUCAUCUUUAACUAACGAAAUGAUAUCGAAAGCUGAUAUUAUUUCUGAAUUGCAUGCUGAAAUCGUCGAAAGAGAACUUACAAUCGAGGCCCUAGAACAACAAAUAAGUGAUGCUAACGCUGAAAUUAAUUUUAGGAAAGAGGGAAGUAUGGCCUUAGAAGUAGAGAGUGUUAAUCGAAAGAGAAGAGAAGAGGUUGCUAGCUAUGAUCGUAAAUUAAAUCAAAUAGAAGUACAAAGAAACGCUUUAAGGAAAGAAUUGGAAACAUGCCAAACAAAAAUAAAGAAUAUUGAAAAGAAUAACGAUGAUUUGCGACGACUUCAUGAGGCAGAUGAUAAGGAAAAAUCAGUCAUGCGAAAUAGAAUUGAAAUCCUUAAUAAUAAAGAGACAAAACUGAAGAAUGAGUUAAACGAAACAAGAAGUAGAUUAAAUAAAGAAUUGGUGAAAUUAUCAAAGUCCACAAAGGAAUCUGAUGAGCUAUUUAAUGAAAAUACAAAAAAAAUGAAUUUGUAUAAGGAUGAAAUUGCCAAUAAAAAUAUGGUUAUUGAAAAACUAAGAAAUGAACUAAGUACCGAAAGGGAGAAUUGUUCAUAUUUACGUGAGAAAUUUGAGGAACUUGAAAAAAGUAGCGUAGUGGAUAGUUCAAUUGAUCGAACAGUUUCGAAAACGUCUCUUUCGGUUGAUACGUCACCAAAACUUAAUACUACCUACACUUCAAAUCCAUUAACUGCAUCUACUAAAGGAUUGGGACCUUUGUUUAAUUCCGAAGACGAGCCGGAACAGUUGCAAUUCGGUGUUCUUGAUGAGGAAAGCUUAGACAGGGCAGCGAAGGAAUCGUUCCCUCAGGAAGAUGACAGUCGAUUGUCAGAAUUGUCCCGGAGAAACACUUUAUGUUUACCUCAUUUAAGAACGUCUUAUCCAGUGGAAACUCAAAUGGGAUUAAGCGCUGAAUUCAAUAACGAUUUAUCAGAUCCGAGAAGAAAAAGUGUGGCUAAAGGAUUUGCCGUUCCAAAACCGCCUACAAAAACAAAGAAAAAAUCCCCAAAAUACAGAGUUUUAGCAACAUCAAGAUUAAUGAAUAGCCCAGUUUUAUCUCCCAGGCGAGCGGCUGCACUUAGAUCACCAAAGCAGAAGUCACCCGCUGAUAAGGUAGUUUCCUCGAACAAUUUAUGGACAAAACUUAAAGAAAAUAUUAGCUUCGACAUUAAUUUUACACCUAAAAAGAAACGCUCGAGACCAGCUGGCACAACGCCAAAAUCACCUAAGGUAAGAUCUUAA